AUGUCUCGAUUUUUUCGUAGCGAAAAGAAAUGGAAUAUGUUAGUCAGCAAAAUAGCGGGAUUUAAUAUCGGUUUUCAGCUAGAAGACGAGGGCAAGGAGUUGUCAGCAAAGCUCAAUAAGGUCGCAUCUCAGUACCGCGUCGUUGAGCGCCAGUUCCUCAUCCGGAUGAAAUCCUUUAGCCCAAACACCUUGGACAGAAUCGAGAGGCUUUUAUCGAUGACUCAUGGAAUGAUGUUGUCACUCAGUGACGACCAGGCUGAAUUUGACCGAAAAUUGAGAAAGGUGUAUAACGACGCAGUUUGCUGUUUGCUGCUGUUGUUCGAGCUGCUGAAAAUAAACUUUGACCUUUCCAACGACGCACUUACUGUUCUUCGGUCUUGCAUACCGUAUUCUUACGAUGAGCAGGUAUUUAGCAAGUGGCUGUUGAUAUGUUAA